ACCUUCACCGCCUGGUGCAACUCGCACCUGAGCAAGGCGGGCACUGCCAUCGAGAACAUCGAGGAGGACUUUCGCAACGGCCUCAAGUUGAUGCUCCUCCUCGAGGUGAUCUCGGGGGAGACGCUGCCGAAGCCCGACCGGGGCAAGAUGCGCUUCCACAAGAUCGCCAACGUCAACAAGGCGCUGGACUUUAUCGCCAGCAAGGGCGUCAAGUUGGUCUCCAUCGGCGCCGAGGAGAUCGUCGACGGCAACACCAAGAUGACACUGGGCCUCAUCUGGACGAUCAUCCUCCGCUUUGCCAUUCAGGACAUCUCGGUGGAAGAGAUGACCGCCAAGGAAGGUCUGCUGCUGUGGUGCCAGCGCAAGACGGCCCCCUAUCGCAAUGUGAACGUGCAGAACUUCCACCUGAGCUGGAAGGACGGCCUCGCCUUCUGCGCCCUCAUCCACCGCCACCGACCGGAUCUGAUUGACUACUCCAAGCUGUCCAAGGACAAUCCGCUGCACAAUCUGAAUCUCGCCUUUGACAUUGCCGAGAAGCACCUGGGUAUUCCGCGCAUGUUGGACGCUGAAGAUAUGGUAAACGUGGCGAAGCCUGACGAGCGAGCCGUCAUGACCUACGUCUCCUGCUACUACCACGCUCUGCAGGGGGCUCACAAGGCGGAGACGGCGGCGAACCGCAUCUGCAAGGUGCUGCGCGUCAACCAGGACAACGAGCGGCUGAUGGAGGAGUACGAGCGUCUGGCCAGCGACCUGCUCGACUGGAUCCGCCGCACCACCCCCUGGCUGGAGAACAAGUCCACCGACAACAAGCUGUCGACGGCGCAGAAGAAGCUGGAGGAGUUCAGGGCCUACCGCCGGGUGCACAAGCCGCCGCGGGUGGAGCAGAAGGGCAAGCUGGAGACGAACUUCAACACGCUGCAGACGAAGCUGCGGCUGAGCAACCGGCCCGCCUACAUGCCCUCGGAGGGGAAGACCGUCCGGGACAUAAACGGCGCCUGGAAGGGCCUGGAGCUGGCGGAGAAGGGCUUCGAGGAGUGGCUCCUCUCGGAGAUGAUGCGCCUCGAGCGCCUGGACCACCUGGCGCAGAAGUUCAAGCACAAGGCGGACACGCACGAGGAGUGGACGCGCGGGAAGGAGGCCCUGCUGCAGUCGCAGGACUUUCGCAACUGCCGCCUCUACGAGGUGAAGGCGCUGAAGAAGAAGCACGAGGCCUUUGAGAGCGACCUGUCGGCGCAUCAGGACCGCGUCGAGCAGAUUGCCGCCAUCGCCCAGGAGCUGUACUCGCUCAACUACCACGACUCCGCCUCGGUGAAUGCCCGCUGCCAGCGCAUCUGCGACCAGUGGGACCGCUUU